AGAGCGCGCGGAAGGAGGAACUCGGUCCGCUUCUGCUGUCUUGUGCUGCCUUUCAGUCCAAACCAGCCGAAAAGAACAGUCAACCUUUUCACUUGCCUCAGUCCGUUGCUGGACAGACGGCCUGGGCUGCAAGGAAAAGGAGCGUUAAAUUAGGGGAAUAAGAGAAAAUCACGAAAAUUCCCGGCGCUGACGGGGAAAACUGUGAAACGAGAGGAAACCAAUAAAUUACUAAUAAAUAGUGACCCCAAACGACGACAACGAAGGCAACGGCGGCCAGGCGAGUGCAGUUGCAGCGAAAAAAUACACGUUCGAAGAUUAAUUAGUGCUGGAAUCAUCAUAAAAACCGUUGAGGUGUUUGGAAGCAAGUGUCGUGUCGGGAACGGUCCGUGAGGGAAUAAGUGUCCACAGGUCCGCCAGCCGAGCUAGUGCUAAGUGUUCGACCGAAAAAAAAUAAGCACACAGUGGUGUUGAGGGAGUUCGAAUUUCAGCUGAGCACAGCAGCCGCCUAAAGCUGGCUACGAUUUGCUGCUAGGAGUACCCGGAGUGAGCCCUUGGCCUAGGGCUUCUGCGGGGCAGCCACCACCAUGGGCACCCCAGUGAAAUGGUUAAUAACGACCACGCUUCUAGUAUGGUUUGGACAGCAUACAUAUGCGCAAUUUUGGCAAGAUUUGACCGGAGGCGUUGGCCUAUUCAAUCGCAACGAACGAGAUUACGCGCGACCACCAGCACAGCCUUAUAUUGAUCCCAGUUAUAAUGUGAUAGACACAGUCAGCGGGGCCCAGGGUCCGCCUACAAAGAACUGCACCGGAAGUGGUUGCUGUACGCCUAAAUGUUUUGCGGAAAAAGGUAAUCGGGGUUUCCCUGGUCCACCCGGCUUGCAAGGCCCCAAAGGUAUGCAAGGAUUUCCCGGAUCAGAAGGUUUGCCCGGUAGCAAGGGUUCCAAAGGUGAACCAGGACCAAUGGGACCGAUUGGUUUGAAAGGUGAUCGCGGACGUAGUGGACUCCCUGGAUAUCCAGGCGUACCAGGAACCAAUGGAUUGCCUGGUGCACCAGGUGCUCCAGGUAUUCCCGGCGUGGAUGGAUGCAAUGGAACAGAUGGUCUUCCUGGAUUGCCUGGAUUAAAGGGUGAGCCAGGCCCUCGAGGGUAUCCUGGUCUACGAGGUGACAAAGGAGAUAAAGGUGAAGCAGCACAGGAUCCUGAAAAUUACAACAAAGGUCAGAAGGGUGAGCCUGGUCUAGGCGGAGCAGAAGGUCAUCAAGGUAAUCAAGGUGAGCCUGGAGAACGCGGAUUCAAGGGGCAAGCCGGUCAAUCUGGUGCAUUAGGACCGAAAGGUGACAAAGGUGAUAAAGGUCUGAAAGGUUUCUGCAUAAAGGGGCAGAAAGGUGAAAAAGGUGCUAAAGGCGCGGAAACCCAGGAGCUUUCUGGCCCAACAUCUUUCACAGGCCCGCAAGGUAUGAAAGGUGAUAAGGGUGAUGAAGGUAUUCCUGGACAAGCGGGAGAAAAAGGUCAAGCUGGAGACCGUGGGCCAUGGGGCGAUCGAGGUCUCAAGGGUGAAAAAGGUUUGCCAGGUCAACCAGGCCCACGAGGUCGAGAUGGUAAUUUCGGACCAGUUGGAUUGCCUGGCCAAAAAGGUGACCGUGGUAUUGAAGGUCUACAUGGAUUGAAAGGUAUGCCAGGCCUGAAGGGUGAUUCAGGAAAGGACGGUUAUCCCGGCCUUCAAGGUAUUCCUGGACCCCCAGGACCUCCAGGUGGUGGUGAAGGACGUCCAGGUGCACCAGGUCCCAAAGGCCCCCGGGGAUAUCCUGGUCCACCAGGACCCAAAGGAAUUGAUGGAUUCCCUGGAGAUCCAGGACCACGAGGACAAGAUGGUCCUAAAGGCGGACAAGGCAUUCCCGGUCGACCAGGCCCCGAAGGUUUCCCUGGUGAAAAAGGUGAGAAAGGAGAACCAGGUGCAGUUGGCUUGCCUGGUCCGCAAGGUACGAGAGGAUUCCCAGGAGCACCAGGUACCGAAGGUCUCCGAGGAGAAACUGGUGAAGCAGGAAUAGGUAUUGCUGGUCAGAAAGGUAACGCCGGUAUGGCUGGCUUUCCAGGUUUGAAAGGGCAGAAAGGAGAACGUGGCUACAAGGGUUUGAUGGGAGCUCCUGGUGAUGCAAAGGAAGGUCGCCCUGGUCUACCAGGUAGAGCAGGACGUGACGGCGAGAAAGGUGAUGCUGGACGACCAGGUCUUCCUGGCGUGAAAGGUGAACGCGGAGAAAAAGGUGAAAUCGGAGGACGCUGUUCAGAUUGUCGACCAGGAAUGAAGGGAGAAAAGGGUGAACGGGGUUACGAUGGAACUGCAGGACAACCAGGUGCCUCUGGCCCCCCAGGAGAGCGUGGUUACCCGGGUGAACUUGGUGUUGAUGGAGCUCCUGGUUCAAGAGGUGCACCAGGUCCAAAAGGUGAACCGGGAAAACCAGGUCUACCAGGAGCUGAUGGCGAACGUGGUGAACCAGCUUACACUGAUUUGAGUCAAGUUAGGUCUGAGAAAGGAGACAGAGGUUUACCAGGUGAUGCUGGACUUCCUGGAAUUAAAGGAGAACGAGGCGAAAUUGGCAUCCCCGGUCCAAUUGGACCAAGAGGAUCAGCUGGUCCUAAAGGUGAUAAAGGAAGACCUGGCGAACCUGGUAUUGAUGGAACUCCUGGAGCCUCUGGUCGGGAUGGUACUCCUGGAAAACAAGGUGAAUCGAUUCGAGGGGAACCAGGUUUAAAGGGUAACGCUGGAUACGCAGGAGAAAAAGGCGACAAAGGUAUUGUCGGCUUGAAAGGUGAACCUGGCAGAUGUGCUAGUAUUCCGAAGAACCUCGAAGAAGCCAUCAAGGGUCCACCUGGGUCUUCUGGUGAAAAAGGAUUUAUGGGUCCCCAAGGUAUUCGAGGAGAAAAGGGAGAUAAGGGUGAUCGCGGAUUGACUGGACUUGGUGGAUCACAAGGUCCGCAAGGUCCUCCUGGUCCAGUUGGUCCUAGAGGUUUGCCAGGUCCACGUGGAGAAAAGGGUACCCCGGGUCCGUUAGGAUUCCCCGGAAAUCCAGGAAAAGAUGGUGCUUCUGGAAUCCCAGGUCUACCAGGACCAAAGGGUACUAAAGGUGACCCAGGCUUGUCAAUGGUGGGCCCACCAGGCCCUAAGGGAAAUACAGGAUUGCGAGGUCCGAAGGGCGAUCGUGGUGGUCCCGGUGACCGAGGAGAUUCUGGUCCACCUGGUGUUGUUGGUUAUCCUGGCGAGAAAGGAGAUGCUGGCGUUUCCGGUAUUUCAGGCUUACCCGGUCCAGUAGGUCCAAAGGGAGAACCAGGUCCGAAGGGUCCGGCUGGUCUUCCGGGAGCUCCUGGUCGACCAGGUAUUGACGGAGUGAAAGGUUUGCCAGGACUCAAAGGUGAUAUUGGUGCUCCUGGAGUUAUCGGAUGGCCCGGACAGAAAGGUGAUACAGGUCCUCCUGGCAAUGACGGCAGUAAAGGUUUCCAAGGACGAAAAGGUGUUCAAGGCUUACCCGGUGCUCCGGGACUUCCAGGGCUGCAAGGACCGAAAGGUGAACGUGGCGAAAAAGGAGAUAAAGGUGAAUAUGGUCUAUCUGGUGCGCCAGGUUUGGUAGGUCCCCCUGGUCCUUUCGGUCCUAAAGGAGAUAAAGGAUUGUUGGGCCCACCUGGUUUGGAUGGGUUGACAGGUCUUCCUGGAGAAAAAGGAGAUCGAGGUUACACUGGCCCACCAGGUCUUGUAGGUGAGCCUGGAUCAUCAUCUGAAAAAGGACAGAAAGGUGAGCCUGGUGCUCCAGGACUGCGUGGCGUUGAUGGACGACCUGGUUUGAAUGGAAUUCCUGGACAAAAGGGAGAUGCUGGGCUUCCAGGCUAUGGUAGACCUGGCGCUCCUGGCGAAAAAGGCGAUCGUGGUAACGGUGGACUUGAUGGCCUAGCCGGUUUUGAUGGACAGAAGGGAGAUGCUGGCGUAACUGGUUUCCCAGGUAUUAAAGGUGAUAAAGGAAGUGCUGGUCUCCCAGGAAUUCCUGGCUCUCCUGGUAUGGAUGGAUUGCCUGGACCCGAAGGUGCCCCAGGUCUUAGAGGGUUGGAUGGCGAAAAGGGUUCUAAGGGCGAAGCAGGUCGCAUUGGUGAACGAGGUGAUCGUGGCGAAAAGGGUGAAUCGGGUCCACCUGGACCCCCUGGCUACAUGGGAUUGAAAGGUGAAAGAGGUAUCCCAGGCGAACGAGGGGCUCCAGCCACUGUUCAGGACGUCAAGGGUGAUAAGGGAGAUUCUGGAUUGCCAGGUGCACCUGGAUUACCAGGUACUGUUGGACUCCCUGGUUUAGUUGGAGAGACUGGAAUAAAAGGAGCUCAAGGUGUACAAGGACAACCUGGUUUCCCAGGACCUCCAGGGCUUUCAGGACUACCGGGUAUGAAAGGAGACAUUGGACCAACAGGAGAAAAAGGUGAACCAUGUCCAGUCGUUAAAGGAGAGAAAGGUCUUCCUGGAAGACCUGGAAAGAAUGGUAGGGAUGGUGGUCCUGGACCAGCCGGAGAGAAAGGUGACAAGGGAUUGCCUGGAUUGGCAGGUCCUGAAGGUCCACCUGGAUUGCCUGGUCCUCUAGGCAGACAGGGCGAAAAAGGAGAUCGAGGUGAUUCAGGUAUUGAAGGUCGACCAGGAAAAGAUGGACUGACUGGCUCUCAAGGAUUAAAGGGCGAUCGUGGUUUCCCAGGUGAGAAAGGAAAUCCAGGACCUCCUGGUUUCCCGGGACCUCAAGGCGAAAAGGGUGACAGAGGUCGGGAUGGUCGCGAUGGUUUCAAUGGUCCUCAAGGUCUCAAGGGUGAUCGUGGUCCACAAGGACCCGAGGGAGCACCUGGAUUGGUUGGCGUUUUUGGUGAGAAAGGUGACCGAGGGGCUAGAGGUCUACCUGGCCUGGAUGGUGCACCUGGUGAGAAAGGACAAAAGGGUGAAACUCCAUUGCUUCCACCGCAACGUAAAGGUCCUCCUGGUCCACCUGGGUUUGAUGGGCAAAAGGGAGAGAAGGGAUUGCCUGGUCUUCAAGGUCCCCCGGGUAUUCCGGGAGCUCCAGGAGCACCGGGUGAAAUUGGCUUGCGAGGUUUGGAAGGAGCACGUGGUCUUCAAGGUAUUCGUGGAGAAAUUGGUUUGGAAGGUCGUCCCGGUCGCGAUGGUUUCCCAGGUACACCGGGACCUAAAGGAGAGCCCGGAGCGGCUUGCUCUCCCGCUCCUGAUUAUCUCACUGGCAUCUUGCUUGUUCGUCACAGUCAGUCUGAGGAAAUUCCUCAAUGUGAUGAAGGGCAUACCAAGCUUUGGGAUGGUUAUUCUCUGCUUUAUGUCGAUGGAAAUGAUUACCCGCAUAAUCAGGACUUGGGUUCCGCUGGUUCAUGUGUUCGUAAAUUCUCAACACUGCCUAUUAUGGCCUGUGGUCAGAAUAAUGUAUGCAAUUAUGCUUCGAGGAACGAUCGAACAUUCUGGCUGUCUACAUCGGCUCCGAUUCCGAUGAUGCCUGUGAGUGAGCACGAGAUGCGUCCUUACAUUUCUCGUUGUGCAGUCUGCGAAGUUCCAUCCAACGUGAUAUCGGUACACAGCCAAUCGCUGGCAAUUCCAAAUUGUCCGAGGGGCUGGGAGGGUCUCUGGAUCGGUUACAGUUUCUUAAUGCACACUGCAGUUGGUCAUGGUGGCGGUGGACAGUCCCUAUCGGGAUCAGGGUCCUGCUUAGAGGACUUCCGUGCCACUCCCUUCAUCGAGUGCAACGGUGGUAAGGGCCACUGUCACUAUUAUGAGACUCAGACUUCGUUCUGGCUCGUUUCGCUCGAGGACCACCAACAGUUCGAGCGGCCGGAGCAACAGACCCUCAAAGCCGGCAACUUGCUCUCCAGAGUAUCUAGGUGUCAAGUGUGUGUACGAGUCUAGUUCUGAAUUCUCUCCCAGCAGGGCACAUCUGAAGAAUGAAUCACUUAUUUAUGCUACAGAAUGUGCUUUCUUAAGUUAUUUCUCAAAAGAUUUUAGAUCCUGUUAGAGAUUUUUUUGUAAGGAGAAGUAAAACUAGAGUAUAUUGUAUAUGGAAAGUCCGAAAAGAAACCAAAAAUAUGUAAAAACUGAAAGUAUGUAAGUAAACGAGUUUAAAUUCCUGUAGCUUUUAUAGAGACGAUAUGCAAUCAUUUUAAGGGAAAUUGAAAUCCCGUUCCAGUAGGUAGUUUUGUUUAGAAAUAUUUCAAUACUGCCCUUGUUUUGGAAAUAAUGUAAAAGUAACACCGCCAAUCAUUCUUCAAACCUCUUAGCUGCGAAUUUAGCUAGCCAGUAACAAAAGAGUAUAUGUCUAAUUUUACCAGUGCGACUUUGAAUGUGAUUGAUUUCGAAUUAAUGUUUCAGUACUGCCCUUGAAUGCCACUUCGAUUCAAACUCGACAAGAGUAUAACUAUUUACCACUUUGUAUAAGAAAAUUGAUGUGUUCAUUAAACUGCAAAAAGGAAAAUUUGAAUUUUCUAAAGGGGGUGAAUGAACCGCCAACAAAAUUUUCAGCUAGGAUUAACACCUACGAUUAACAUACCAAUUAGAGUGCCAUCAUUGUCAGUCAUCGACCAGAGCGAAAAAAAACUCAAAUAAAUACAAAAUAUCUCAAAAAUUUUGGUCUGAUAGACCUACGUUCAAUGUGAAUAAAAAAUGAAAGAAGCAAACUCUUAACAUCUGUAUCAAGCAAUAAUCAGCAUUUUAUAAACUGUACAUUUCCGCUAUUUUAAUGUAAGUGUUUAACCAGGUAACUUUUACAUACUUUUCGUGUUUUCAUUCAAUGUAUCAGAUCCGAAACAGUCAGAAUAAAGAUUUUACGAAAAUACCAAA